UUGGAAGAAAUGAGUGGUGGUGGUUUACUGUGUGAAUGGGCAGGACGUUGGGAAGUAGUUGGUGUAGCCACAUCCCAUACUGGCUGCUUCCAGGGAUCACGUCCACGUCUCUAUGAUGACAUUACCUCUACCACAGUCAAAUGGAUCAAGAAAACUAUUGCAGCUUUCCAACGUGGUUCGUAACCCUCAUAUAGUGUCAAUCUUCUCACUUCUUCUGUAGGGACUAAACCUUAGGAACCUACCUGCCAGAACAACCUUGCCUGAAGAUGUGUAAAAAAAAGUAAAAGGUAGUGCAAUUCCAGCAGGUUGUAAUUUUAUGUUCAUCACUGGAAUCAAAGCUGUGUGUGAUGCAAUUUAGUCUGAGCUGUGUAUGGACGUGAAACCUACACAACAAGGGACACCUAUCCUGAGGCAUGCAACAUGUCGGCCCCGGUACUCGCACACCACCGUUCCCUUUACCAGGAGGUGUUUACCUACAUAUCAAAUGACAUAUGUCAUCAUAGUUAAUUUGAUCUCCGAACAACCAUAUCGAAUACAUAUCUCAAGAAUUAUAGUUUGAUAUUGGUAUAGUGGUUUAUAAAUAUUUACGAAGAAAAGUUAUUGUUAAUUUAAUGUAGAGAAUUUAAAAGUUGAUAUAAAUAUAAAAAUUCAAGGGAGUUUGUUACAUUAUCUGAUGCAUAUAAAGAGUUUAAUAAAUGCUUUCACAAUACCCUGUAGACCCUUACAACUAUAUAGUCAUAUUCAAAAUAAUUUCUCAAAAAUUUAUUUUUUUUAAAAACCUUAAAAGCUUCAAGCAUGACUACAUAUGUUUAUAAAUUAUAAUUUAAGGUAAAUAAGUUAUUUCUAGCAAAAACUGCAGGAAGAGAUGGGCCCAUACUCAAUGUAUUGUGCUUAGUAGUAGAGUAGUUAUAGUCUGGGAGCCACGCCUAUUUCCUGUCAGCUUAUGAACAAUGUUAACCAAGUAUAGGUUGGCAUUCUUGUGACUACAAGUGACCAUCAUACAUUCUAAUAGUUUGGGAUGAUGUAGAUGGUGUCUCCUGAUGGUCCCAUAGCUGCUGCAUCUAGAUGGUGUGUGUGCUAGUUGUCCUAUGGCUGUGUGGAAGGCAUGUUUGUAAUGGGUCCAUGAAUAACUGUGGACAGCAUGUGUGCUAGUGGUCAUAUGGCUACUUUUGCUGAUGGUUCUGUGUUUACAUGUGCUUUUCAAGUGUAACGUCACUAGCUUUUCUGAUUCAUAGAUCGCCAUCCACAAACAAUACUGACUGUGUACUGUAUAUGAUAAUUGUAAUACUCUAUCUUGGCAUCUAUGUCUCAAGACUGGUCUAUUGUUUACAAAUGUGUCAUUACUAAAUGUUGUACAGGAAGCUGAUUUGCUUUUGGUUGAUGUGUGAGCAAUCUCUGACUACAGAGUAAUUUUAUAAUCUUACAAUGACCUGUUGUAAAGAAACACAUAACCAAGAAUUCUAGUAGUGAAGUGUUUCCAUGCUCUGUAUGAUUUUGUUAAAAGUACUCGAGUACUAGGUUUCUAUAAGUACUUUAUUCACUGUCUGGAAGAUCUUUACAUGGAACAUAUAUAAAUCUUAGUUACCAACAUCAACAGUAUUGGUAAGAUUUUUCUUUCAUUAAUUAUUAGUGAUUUUAAUUACACCCAUUUUUGGGGUGAUGUAGGGAAUACAAUUUACAUUUUUGCUUACUCCAGUGAUACAAUAAUCAUCAUCUUUUAUUCUACGUAAUGGAUUUAUAACUGUUGAUCAUAAACAAUUAAUAAUAUGAACUGUUUAAUAAUUUGGUAUAUUUAUUGUAUGCAAUUAUUUUAAUACUUAAUAUAGUUCUUGUGUACAGAUGUUUGUUUAUAAUUUAUUUACAUAUAUAAUGGUCUCUAUAAACUUGAAAAGUCUUAGGACUAGAAUAUUGUACUAUUACAAAAAUGUCAGAAAAACAUACCCUCAAGAAGUAAGAAUUUGAAACUGAAAUGUAGAUCAAGCUUGGUGAUGGUCAAGCAGGAAACUCCUUUAAGGGAAGACUGCAGAGAGCCGAUUUGCUGGACAAACAACACCAAAGCUAUGGGGUUGGGUGCCGAAAACACCCAAAUUUGCCUGUAAAAUGACACCCAAACUUGUCUGUAAAAUGACACCAAGACUGACUUGGGUGCCUGAAACACUCAAAAUUGUCUGUAAAAUGACAACAAGGCCUGAAACACCCAAAUUUGUCUGUAAAGGACACCAAGGUGCCCAAAAUCUUCAAAUAUGCUGGGAAAAUGACACCAAGACUAUUAUAAUCUUGAGACCCAGAAACACCCAAAUUUGUUGGGAAAAUGACACCCUCCUGAGUGCCUGAAACACUGAAAAUGACACCAAGGCUAGUCUACUCGGUGAACAAAAGCAAAUUACUCAUUUAUGGCACAAUUUGCCUUUAUACCACUGAAGUUUUGUAUGUGAAGCAGUGUCACUGUGCCAAAGUGAAAAGUACUUGGUAAUAAAUAUGGAUAUUACUUCACAUUAACUCUAAUAUACAAAUUUCUUGAAGGAGGUUUUAUUUUGGCUCCUCUAAUAGCUUAAAUUACAGUAUGUAUUGUUUAAUAAGCAACUGAAAAGUUUACAUUAACUUAAAUGAUAUUUUUUUUAAGUAAAGAAAAUUGGUUGUAUUAAUUAUAUGUAAGCCUGUCAUGCCACAGGAGAAGUGGUGAUUAUUACCUAUACUUAAGUGAGUUUCCUUUUCCAUUGGUGAUAAAGUUGAUUAAUUUGUGUCAUCACUGAAUUAUUAUGUAACUUCUCUACAAAAUGGUGAUUAAAGACUGAAGGAUUAAACAAGGGACUUAAGAGACAACUUACCUGUAUUAUAUCCUCCAUUUUGUGAAGACCAGACAGGCCUUUUACAUCAUACUGAGCUAUGAACACUAAACAGAUAUAGGACUGAUUAGGUAGAACUUUCACUCUAGUCUAUAUUGCUAGGUGGAGCUGUUUUAUAUGUGUAAUAUUAGUGGGAAAAGCAGGCAUCCAGUAUGCUCUAUGUGUAGGGUGAUGACUUAGGGAUGUCAAUGUGAUUUGACAGAAAAGAUACUCCUACACCUUAGAUGUGGAGGCAUACUGUGACCUGUCCUGGGAAAGUUUAUGUAAUGUGGCAGAUUUGUGUAAUGCCUAAAGUGUUCUGAGAUAUUUUUGUUGAAUGCCUGACUUUAUUAAUCAUUUAUAAUAUAUGCCAGAUAUUUUCAUAGAUAUUAAGUAAAUUCGCAGGGUGUACAUACAGCUAUCCAUUUUUCAAUGUGAAUGACAGGUUUUCCAUACAUUAAAAUUCAGAAUACAUUUAAAGUUCAUCAAAUAAACAUCAAAUUAUAAUAUUGAACAAACCAAGAAACCUAAGCCUAUGCAAUUCCUAGUCCAUUCUGUCCUAGCUGUUAUACUUUAAAUGUCAUUUAAUUUUCAGAAUGUGGUUAAGUUCAAUACUCAUACACACUACAGCACAAUAAAUAUAAUCUGUGACGAUGACAUAUUAAUGUGGUAGAUGAUCUACAUACUGGCCAUGGAAAUCAUCGCUUCAUCCUUAACCUGGCCGUCCCAGUACCGUAUUUUUUUUUUUUAUUAAUUUAUAAGAUACUGUUGUACCCCUGCUUCUUCCAAUGAAAGUGUACUAUCCUGAAGAACAUGUGACAAAUGCUGCCUGUAAUGUAUAAAUAAUUAUGUAAAUUGGUUCGUGUAUAAAUAAUAACUAUGUUUGAUGAGUA